AUGUCCAAAAUCACCUCAGGCACAAGUGUGGCACCAAUAAAAAAUCAACACAUAAAACAGAUAAAAUGUUUAAGAAAUGUUUUGAAUCAAUGAUGACAGAGCCCUCUCUAAUCUGGCUCUGAAAACAGCCAGCACACAUUCAUGCACAAUAUAGACUACCUCUACCAGGGAUGCUGGGGCUCUAUAUCACUGAGUUAUCUCCAUCUGCCCAGACAGCCAUUUAUUCCCACUGCUGGAGCAUUUUGGGCCAGUUAAUCAUUCACACGUUUUUCCGUGUACCACCCUGUCUGCCACCAUUCAUUUAGAUUGUCUCCCAUUUUUCAGCCAUGUGGUUUGGGACUUCUUCCUUUUUUCUUGCCUUUUGGUUUUGGGGAUUAACUCACUGCGGCACCCAGACAAGGCGUGAUGCCAACAUAACAGACCAGGAGCUGUUUUGGGGCGCUGACCAAUAUGAUUUUUCAGUGGUGCUUCCAGCAGCUGCUACAGAAUGCUUCUGGCACUUUGCUCACCACGGUGAGAGAUUUUAUCUGAGCUUUAUGGUCCAGUGGGUAACAGGAGUCGGCCUAGACAGGCACCUAUCAGUCACUGUUAAUGCUCCAAGCAGUCUGUUGAUAUCCACUGUUGAUGAUGCAAAGGGUCAGAUCAACUUUGAGGUCAAGGAAACAGGUUUCUAUCAGAUGUGUUUGAGCAACUUCCACAACCGCUUCAGCACAAUGCAGGUCUUCCUGAGCUUUGGUGUUUACUAUGACAAAAACCCAAACCCUUCCAAAGUCAAGGGGGAGGACACGAAGGAGGAGGAGAAACUGAACAACACGCUUAGCAUCAUUGAGAGUGCAUCCAAUACAGUGCAGCGCCACAUCUUCCACAUGUUUCGCUACUACAGCUUUGGACGCAUGAGGAAGAGCGCAGACUACUUCCUGCUGCAGUCCAACUCCCAGUACAUCACAUGGUGGUCGAUGGUCCUCAGCUUGCUUAUCGUCACCUCUGGGUACCUGCAGCUCCUCUUCCUCAAAAGCCUCAUUGUGAACAAAGCUGAGAAUGAAAAGCCAAGAUGCUGACAGUCAGCAGAUUGUCCAAACCAAGGAAAAUCUUGAGCCAAUUUAAAACUCCUCCUUAUUUUGGGUCUGGGUGAAACAUGAAAUAAAGAUUUAAAAACCUC